CAGAGCUCCCGCUCCAGUGCAAGACGCGUGCUAAAGUGCCAGAACGCGGUCACCCUGAACAUCCGUCACUAAAAUGGCCCUGGCAACCUGGAGCAUGCGACUUUCAACAUCGCAGCCAAUGCACAGCCUGAUGCACCUUUUACGCCUGAACCCGACAUUGCAGCGCCUUCUUCAAUAACAUCAGAGUCAACCUUUGCUGCCACCACUUAUAAGCAUGAUCUGUGCCUGAAAAUCGUCUUCUGUCUUUUCUCUUCUCCGAGUCUCCCAUACUACUCCAUGACACCAGUCGCUGUCCUCGCCAUGGUCGACAAUGGCAACUCUCCAGAGGCGGCUCGCAAGCCAUUGCAUCCCUUCUUUACUCCGAACCGACAGCCUGCUCCUACAGCUUCGACAGAAAACCCCACCGUUCCCGAUCAACCAGACGCGACCGAGGAUUCCCUAAUGUCCAUCGAUGGACCCGUUGAGCCGAAAGUUGAAGAUGAUACUCUGGAGAAGGCAGCUGGGAGACGGACCAAGCGACGCAAGGUGUCUCCGGAGCUGGAAGACGACGAAGACUACAAGAAACCAAAGACGAGGAAACGAACAAAACCCAAUGUCGGCCCCGGUAUCGCAAACCAUUUUAUCAGAUUGGGAAAGACAAAGGACGACGAUGCUGGACGAGAAGAAGAGGAUAUCACAACCACGCAACAAGAGGCAGAGCCAACACAGCAAGAGGCAGGGCUCCCACAACAACGGGCAGAGCUGCCGCAACAAGCCACAACAAGGAUAGAUGGACAUGUCCGUGUUGAGGAUAACAUACCGGCUCCGGCACAUGAUGUUAGUGGCAUUAUACGGAAUCUGGUCGACGUUAAUAUCCGAUCAUCACCCCCGCCUGCAGUCAUCCCUCCUGCCGCCAAUGUUGAGCCCCAGAAGCCGACGAAACUUCUCCGAUUCAAUCCCAAAACAGGAACAAUUGGGUCACCUCCGAAACCGAAGCAGCCAGAGCCAAUCGAAGAGACAGCUCCAACAAUGAAGAGGAGGGUACAACCAUCACGCGCAAAGAAGCCAGAGUCAAGGGUCGUGACUAUUAAGUAUAGUUCCGAGUCGGAUGAGGAGGCACGCACAAGAGUUGGCGAGAAGAUCGAGGCCAUCCUCAAGACUCCAAAACAACCGCAAAGGACCAACCAGCGAAACAAGAAACCUCCAGCGUCCAAGCCCGGCAACUCCAAAUCUACACAUCCCUUCUUCUCGGGGAAGACCAAGGGACCCGCAGCUGCGCCCCCUGCUGCCGAACCCAAGAACGACAAGCCUAGCGAACCCUCGCAGAAAGUCUUCAUGUCUACACCAUGUUCGCCCAAGAAACCUCGUGCUUCUGCUUUCACUGGACGAAUGCCCCAGUUCGGCUUCAACAAGAACGUGCCCCUAAAGUUCCCCGGCGCAAAACCCCCAGCAUGGCCUUGGAAGGAUAUGGUACAUGUGCGCGGAGACGAUGAUGUGCCAAUGCACCAAGACAUCCAGCUGCCUUUGCCAUCUCGCAAGUCCAAGGGUCAAUCGGUCAAGGUGGACCGGGAAGAAUCGAUUGUGAAUCUGGUUAGCACCUCAAUCGGAAUUGAGUCUGUAAAACAAGCCCUUCGCGACUUCAAUACGAACGAUUUCAUACCUGCACCUCCCGAGCUUCGACUUCCCACUAAGCACUUUGAGAGCGGGAGAAAACUACAGCAGCGCAUUCUGCCUGAACUCAAGACCUUCAGGACGACGAAAACAUCUGGUCAACUGACAGCCCCCCCUCAACUUGCCCGCCUAUACGACUCUGUAUCCUUCUCCCUAUCAGCUUUUGACCAGUGCCAGUGCGAAACCAGCAACUGGACACAAAAGUACGGCCCUAUCAACACCACCGAGGUCCUGCAGCCCGGCAGCGAAGCCUUCCUUUUGCGAGACUGGCUCCAUGCAUUGAAGGUGCAAUCAGUAGAGACCGGCUCGAACGACUCCGACAAACCGAAAAAAGGUAAGGCUGUUGGCCCUGGUAGGAAAAAGAGGCGAAAGAAGCUCGACGAGUUUAUUGUCUCUAGCGACGACGAGUUCGAGCUAGACGAAGACUCGGACGACGGAGCCGACUGGGCCCCCAGUGGUUUUCGGGGAAUCACAAGGAAAACCGUCGUCAAAUCCGGAGACCUGUCCAAAAAGGACGCCUCCAAAAUCGCCAACACACUUGUUAUCAGCGGCCCUCAUGGCUGCGGUAAAACAGCUGCCGUUUACGCAGUGGCCAAGGAACUAGACUUUGAAGUCUUCGAGAUCAACUCGAGCAGCCGAAGGAGCGGCAAGGAUGUGCUUGAAAAGAUCGGCGACAUGACCAGGAAUCAUCUCGUCCAGCAGCACCAAUCCCCCUCCGACAAAGCUGGCGAUGAUCAAGAAGAUGCUACUGCAGAGGAAGUCAAAUCCGGAAAGCAGGCAACUAUGAAUGCCUUUUUCCGGCCAAAGACCACUGCAGUUACACCAAAGCAGUCCACUAAGCCACCACCCACCAGCGAACCAAAAGAGGUCAAGAAAGACAGCGGAAAGGCCCAAAGGCAAUCCCUUAUUCUCCUGGAAGAAGUGGACAUCCUGUACGAAGAAGACAAGCAAUUCUGGACCACCAUUGUCACCCUUAUAGCGCAAGCCAAACGACCCUUCAUCAUGACAUGCAACGACGAGACUUUGCUCCCUCUUCACACCCUCAAACUACACGGCAUCUUCCGGCUAAGCCCACCACCCACAGAGCUGGCAGUUGAUCGCCUAUUGCUUGUAGCAGCUAACGAAGGCCACGCUCUCACACGGCAGGCCGUCGCAUCUCUGUUUGAGUCCCGCGGCCAUGACCUCCGCGCCGCCACCACGGAUCUGCAGUACUGGUGCCAGAUUGGUGUCGGGGACAGGAAGGGAGGGUUUGAUUGGUAUUAUCCGAGGUGGCCGAGGGGUUGUGAUCUUGAUGAGAACGGGCAUGUGGUGAGGGUUGUCAGUCAGAGCACGUAUCUCACGGGGAUGAACUGGCUCGGGCGAGACACCGUGGUCGGGAAGGCUGCCGGCGGACGUCAGGUCGAGGAAGAGUUACUAGAGCAGGCUUGGGAUUCGUGGGGUCUUGAUAUGGGGAGCUGGCAAGACUCUGUUGGGUUGGAGUCAUUGGCGGAGGGGAUGCCAUCCGAUGGGGCUGGAAGGCUUGAGGCUCUUGAGGCGUUUGAGGAACUGGCUGAUGCCCUCAGCGCGGCGGAUCUCUGCUCUUCUUGGUCGUUUGGGACACUUAACGAGGUGCCACUAGACGCCACACUCCCCGAGCCCCCAGCUAAAGCCCGCGACGACGGCGUCCUCGGUCUAACACCGCUCGACGCUCCCCUGCUUACUCUUCACGAUUCCCUUACUACGAGUAUUCCAGCAACCAUCAAAUCUCUCUCUCGCUCCGUUUUACGGUCGCGGACCUCGUCCCUUACCCAACAGCCUACACCCACCGAUACCCUCCAGCCACUAAACGAAUUCUCUGCCCUCAGCCUAAUCACCAAAUCCUUCACCACCCUAUCCCUCUCUUCUCCCGAGCAACCAGCUAUCAACAGAAUCGACCUUGCCUUCGCCUUCGACCCUAUCGCCUCUUCAGACUCCUCCGCAGCCACAACAUCCUCCUUGGACCCCUCCGUCUUCGACCGCACCAUGAGCCUCAUCACGUUGGACGUCGCCCCCUACGUGCGGAGCAUAGUCGCUUACGAAUCGAGUUUGCAGCGGAGGAGGUUGAAGAUGAGUAGUCUGCUUAGUGUGAGCGAGGGUGGCACGAAUAGCGCGGACGGAGGAGGCACGGGGCAAAAUGCGGUGGGACCGGGGACAAAUAGUACGGGGGGAACGAAAAGGAUGCGCACAACCAGAGCUGCACUAUUAGCGCUGGAGGGCGGAGAGAGGAGUGUGAAGAGGAAGGAGAGGUGGUUCAGAGGGGAAUUGAAUCCGUUCCUUGUUGAGAAGACGGGCGGGAGGGGCUGGGCUGAUCUUACCCUCCAACACUUGGCUGACCUCCAACACUCUGCUGGGAACCCUGUUGCUGAAGGGGAGGAGGAGAUGAAGACAGCUGGUAGCGUUUCUGGCGCGUCGGAGGUGUCUGUUCCUUGGGACGCUCAGCAGGUUGUGUCGGACGUUGCCCCCGUGCAAUCGGACGUUGUGCUGAAAGCUCGGCCGAAGAGAGGAAGGCCAAGGAAGAAUUUGGCGAAGGUCGUGGAGGUUGACGAGGCUGAUCAACCUGAUGAGCUAGCGGGGCCAUUGGCAGGAGUAGGAGAUGGGAGGCAGGGAGUGGAUGAGUUAGCGGGUGAGGCUGCGGUUGCGGUUACGGUUGCGGCUGACGGUGAUGGAGACGUUUCGAUGACUCAGUAGGAAAGGGGACGUCGACGUCGUAAUAAGCGGUUGAAGCCGAAUCGGUGAUGGAGGGUGCUCAGAGUAGGCACGCAACAUAGCAUACCAGGAAGAGAUGCGAUGAUGUAUAUGGCAGCGUAUCAACUGCGUGCAAACUCAUUAUUACUACUAGCUCCUAAAUAGUGAACA